UCAUGACAGGUAACGGAAAAAUGUCAGGCAGGAGUUGUUUUGAGUGAAUUCUGGAUAUAAGUUAUUUUGUUACUUUUCCAAAAAAUUGUGAGCAAAUUACUACAAAAUAACAUCAAACUUUUAAAAUUACACUCCCACAAAAAAUUCCACACCUCAAUGUAGCAUAAUGGACGUGAUAAUGUUGAAGAACGUGUGUCCUGCAGGGAGGCAGGCUUUAUUCUGUUUUUUCCUCGCUCUGUUGAUUUUUACGACUUCCUUCUUCUCCGGGAGUGCUCUAGGGUACACCUCUGAGCUGUGGGCCCUCACCUACUGGGGUCCUGCCUUAUACUUCUGCCUCUUCAACUUUAUUUUGAGAUACUGUUACAAAGGCUUCACAUAUGAGGUAUUGGUGAGGUCAGCAUUCCUUGGCACUGUGUUUGCUACAGGGAUCUACAUGGCCACAUUUGAAGAUGGCCUCAGAGUGUUUGGUCUGUACACAAUGGUCCUAUCCAUGUUCCAUUUCUCCGAGUUCAUGGCGGUAGCCCUUACGAACCCACGGACUUUGACGAUAGACUCGUUCAUAUUGAACCACAGUGUGCAGUAUGGUGUGGCAGCGGUGUCCAGUUGGAUAGAGUGGGGUGUGGAAUAUUACUUCUUUCCAGAAAUGAAGACCUACUUCUGGGUGUCUGCCCUAGGAGUUGUGAUGUGCAUUGGUGGGGAGUUGCUGAGGAAAUCGGCCAUGUUCACUGCCAAGACUAAUUUCAAUCAUACUGUGCAAUACGUCAAACGACCGGACCACCAGCUCGUGACGCACGGCGUGUACGCCAUCUGCCGGCACCCCAGCUACGUCGGCUGGUUCUACUGGUCUAUUGGCACGCAGAUAACCCUCCUAAACCCGUUCUGCUUCGUCGUGUACGCUCUUGCAUCCUGGACUUUCUUCCGCGAGCGAGUCUUCGCCGAGGAGCUGACUCUACUCGCAUUCUUCGGGCCUCAAUACGCGGAGUACCAGACCAAAGUCGGGACCGGCCUGCCCUUCAUACAGGGACAUGUGCCCAGCAACACCAGGCAAGACCUCAGAGAUGACCACUGGAGCUACUGAGCUUGUGAGUUAGUUUCAUUCUGAAAUCAUAGAUGGCGCUGUGCCUCAGUUCACUCGCGCUGAUGAAUGAUCACAAUGAGUUAAUCGAGAUUCUUUAACGUUUGUGUGAAGACUCUGACUAUGGUUGUAAGGUAACUUGGAUGUAAAUGUAAUUUUGUUAGAUAAUUUGGUUACCUUUUUUUAACAAGAUCUCUUCUAAUUUUGGAUAUAACAAACAAUUAAUGACAUAAAUACACAUGAAUGCAGAUGUCACAAAAUUCCUUAGUCAUCAAAGAUGGCGCUUUAAUUGACAAUUGACACAUGAUAUUGAUUAUAACGACAUAAAAUAUUUGUAUUUACUCUAAUCUCUCAAUUUUAUUCCGUCGGCAGAAACAUACGAACGUUACGUAAAAUAAUUUAGCUUAUUAACUUAUUUUUGUUUACCGCUAGUCUUCCCUUCGACAUGAAAUUGUGCAUUUAUAGUGAUAUUACUAUUUUUAAGUAUAUUCCUUUUUCUAAGAUCGGAGACGGCUUACGAGUUCGACAUUUCAGUAAUAAUACUAGACGGUGUGAGAUUCGUUUCGAUUUAAGUGCGAAUUUCACUAAUCCAAUAAUUUUAUCAUGCCUUUAAGUAUGCACAUAUUUUUAUGUAUAUGUGGAAGAUGAAGUAUAGUCGACGGCCCAUCACUCUUUUGUUGUAAAAUCGUACCACGUUUCAGCCAAAUGACGUCCACUGCUGGACAAAGGCUUCCCCCAAGGAUUUCUAUAACGACCGGUCCGGCGCUGCCCGCAUCCAGGAACUUCCCGCGACCUUCACCAGAUCAUUGUUGGUCCACCCUUGGGGGGCCUGCCUACACUAUAAUAUUAUACAAAAUAAGAUGGCACUGAGUUUAGCUUUGUGUGCCGCCUUCUGUGACAGCCAAGUGGCCAAAAAGUUGACUACACAGCAACCUUAUUCCAAUGAGGGCUAUCGUUUUAGCGCUCACCAGUUAGCGCCACUGUAGAGUAAGGUCCUGUC